CAACGAUUCCCACAUCCUGCCAAUCACGCCCUCCCCAAUGCGCCUCGCUGGUCCCCUUGCCCCUUCCGGCCGUCACCCUCGGGCCAGGCCGCCUCCCAGGCGAAACCUCGAUGCUCGUGGAUCCAUCAGCAGGCCAAUGACCGUCUCGCCUGCUGCAAAUUCUGGGCCGCCCCACUGUCGGUGUUAACGGGGAUUGCGCCGUUGGGUCCAUGGCUGUCACUCACCAUAAUAUAACCCCCGCGGGCCCCUGCUGGACCCAAGGUCGGUGGGUGCGUUUUGUGUUUAUCUGCCUUUCGCCUGCUGCCUCCGUCUCUGGUUAUGGCGCAUACCCAUCCCGAGUCGAGAUCUAGGUCCACGUCGCUGUCUAGCUCGGACGACUCCUCGUCGGGCCGUCUGGAACCCUCUCGGUCCAGACAGAGUGCCGUGCCCGUCUCUCGUGUGCACUCCGGCAGACAUCUCGACGAUCAGUCGGUGUAUCAUAGUGAUGGGGAGGAUGAUUCCGAGGAGUCUGACGAAAAGGGCGAGCCGGUGCUGGAUGUCCUCAAUGGCGUCGUGACCGAGCGAGACCGCGAUCUGGAGGCCGGCGCUGCGUCGGGGCUGGAAAAGUCGCGGACUGCCCGGUCGGAUAGGUCGCGGGCGGAUCCUAAGUUGGUGACAUGGAAUGGUCCCGAUGAUCCCGAAAACCCUAAGAACUGGUCGAUGAAGAAGAAGUGGGCGGCCGUGGUGACGGUCUCCAGCUUUACCUUCAUCUCGCCGGUGUCGUCGUCGAUGGUUGCGCCGGCCUUGAGUGCCAUCUCCGCUGACUUCCACAUCACCGACGAGGUCAUCUCGCAGUUGACGCUGUCUGUCUUCGUCUUGGCGUAUGCGGUGGGCCCGCUGAUCCUGGGCCCGCUGUCGGAGAUCUACGGCCGGGUGAUCGUGCUGCAGCUCGCUAACCUGAUCUAUCUGGUGUUUAAUAUUGGAUGUGGUGUCUCGCAGACCAAGGUGCAGAUGAUUGUCUGUCGGUUCUUCUCGGGGCUCGGUGGGAGUGCCCCCUUGGCGAUCGGCGGCGGUGUCCUCUCGGACUGCUUCAAGCCGGAGCAGCGCGGUAAAAGCGUCGCCAUCUACAGUCUCGCGCCUCUACUCGGUCCAGCAGUCGGACCCAUCGCGGGCGGGUUCAUCGCCGAAAACACAACCUGGCGCUGGGUCUUCUACGCGACGUCCAUCGCGGACGGCCUCAUCCAACUCGCCGGCCUCUUCUUCCUGCGCGAAACCUACGCCCCCGUCAUCCUCAAGAAACGCGCCAGACGCCUCCGGGCCGAGACCCAGGAUCCGGCAUACCAGACCGAAUUCGAGCGCCAGAACAAAACGUUCGGCGAGGUCAUGCGGGGGGCACUGAUCCGCCCCUUCCGCCUCCUCGCCACACAGCCCAUCGUGCAGUGCCUAGCCGCCUACAUGGCCUUCAUCUACGGCACGAUGUACCUCGUCCUAUCGACGUUCCCCGCCCUCUGGACCAGCCCAGACUACUACAACGAAUCCACCGGCAUCGGCGGCCUGAACUACAUCUCCCUCGGGCUGGGCUUCUGGCUGGGCUCACAGAUCUGCGCCCCGCUCAACGACCGCAUCUACCGCCGCCUGAAGGCGCAGAACAACGGCGUCGGCCGACCCGAGUUCCGUGUCCCGCUGCUCUUUAUCGGCGCCGGCCUCAUCCCCGCCGGCCUGAUCAUCUACGGCUGGACCGCCCAGACCCGCUGCCACUGGAUCGCGCCCAACAUCGGCGCCUGCAUCUUCGCCACCGGCACCAUCGUCAUGUUCCAGUGUCUGCAGACGUAUAUCGUCGACUCGUAUACACGGUUCGCGGCGAGUGCGUUGGCCGCAGUUGCUUGUAUGCGCUCGCUCGCAGGGUUCGGGUUCCCGCUCUUCGCCCCGUAUAUGUACGCGGCGUUGCAUUACGGGUGGGGGAAUAGCCUGCUUGCGUUCAUUGCGAUCGGGUUUGGGAUUCCUGCCCCGAUACUUCUGUGGAGGUGGGGCGAGAGGUUGAGGAAGAUGAGCACGUAUGCGGCGGGUUGAUGAUUUGUCUGGGGGUGUAGAUGCGAAUGUUUAUAUUUGUAUAAUCUAAUGGCUAGGCUAGGCGGUGAAUAGAGAAGCGUUGUCUUUUAGAAGUAG